AUGUCGACCCAAUCUCCUCAUCCUCCGACCCCUAAGGGAUCGCGCAACAACCGCCGCCCCCAGAAGAAGAAUAUGACCCCUCACGCCCAGAAACCGGCGCUCCUCUCUACUCCUCCAUCAUCUCCGCCGCAAAACAUGAGCCCCGGGGUCAUCCAGAUGGAUCCCUCAAACGACUUCAACUCUUCGAAGAAGAAGCCCAUGCGUUCAGGGAAGAAGCCCCGAGACAACAAGGCUUCACCUGCCCCGCACUCUGGGCACCACAGCAACGGGUACAACAGCGGUCCCCGAUACACACCAACCCACCCCGCUGUCACCUCUCCUCAGACAAAGCCGAGUGCAGCUUAUGCGGGUCCGACGUUCCACGCAUCACCUGCACCAUCUGCUUUACCCAUUCCUAGCUUUUUCUCCAAGUCGGCUCCUGAUGGCAAUCUGCCCCCGCCCAUCGAGACCGAUAGUGACGAUGCGGAGGUGGACCCCGAACCAGAGGUGACUCCUUCCAAACCUCGCAACCGCAACAACCAAUUCAAGGGCGAAGAACCCAAGCCUUCCCCUCUCGACUUCCUUUUCAAGGCUGCUGUGCAAGCCAGAGACCUGAAGUCCACGAGCACCCCUGAGGUGAACAAGGUCCUCCAGUCUCCCCAGACCGAACCCAGGGCCGUGCGCCCCAACCCUGAUGGCAUGUUUGCAUUUGAAAUGGGAAAUUCUGACUACUCUCGCAACUCACACAUUGGUCCUUCUUUCGCUCCUUCUUACCAGGAUCGUAUGAAUGCGCUGCGACCCUCGAGUACUCCCCAGUCGUCUGACAUGGGCGAGGAGGAGCGACGAAUCAAGACCGAGGAGUUGAAGCACUUGUUGCUCAAUCCACCCCCACAGAAGCCGCCUUCCUCGGCUUAUGCCUCUAACGAAUACGCUGGAUCCUUUGGGCCCCGUCCUUCCAAUGUGCCUCCCUAUGCCACUCCCAUGCGAACCUCGUCUGGCCCUCAGUUGACCCUGUCUCAUGGCUCAUUCUCUCCCCAGCAGCAGCAGCAGCAAAUCCCGCAGAACACUGGACGUCCUCACUACCAAUACCCGACCCAUUCUCACUCACCGCUGCGCCGUGAGGUUGACCUCGUCCCGCCCCCUUCGAUGCCUCCGUAUCGUGGCCCCGUCUCGAACAGCGCCUCGAACAGAGGUUCCCCGGCGCCGUAUGGCAAUCCGUACAUGGCAAACUCCCAGCGUCAGCGGUCUGGCUAUGCUUCCCCUCAACCAAGCCGUGCGUCGGCUUCAUUCCAAAUGCCGGUCAACUCACCAUCUCCUUCUCGGGUGGUGGACACCAGGCAAAUUGAGAAUGACAUUCGUCGGGUUUUGAAGCUUGAUACCCCAGGACCUCCGGUCACUCAAAGCUUCGCAUAG